CAGCCGUUUCCAGCUUAUUUGGGCCCUAAUGACAGCCGGGAGACCCAUUCGCCUGGAGAUUUCCGUAGCGUAGACAGCAAGAGAACGCAUUCUUUUUGUGAGACAAUCACCGAAACUGAGAUGCCCUUGGGGGACAAUUGGACAAAAAUUGUCCCAUCCUAUCAUCAGGUGUUCCUGGGAACAACUAUCUCAAUAAAAGUAAAAAUACAGUAUGUACUCGUAUUCCUCAGCCAAAAUGAAUGCAAAAGGAACAUAUUUGAUAUCAAACAUUUUUCCAUUUAACUCCACGUGCAAAACAUUCCGACAAUCGUAAAACGUUACGUUACUGCUUUAUGAAAUGAAGUCUGCAGAUAUGUACAGCAAAUACUUAUAUAUUCUUCGGCUUUAAAGCGGCGGGGUGUUCUUUUUAGAGGGCUGAGCUUUACGUUUCUAAAGGCUGGUGGAACAAGCAGUUGUUUGAUCUCAGGGCAAAGAGUGCCCAGUAAGUCAAGAUCAAUGAAGGAAGUAAAACGUUUGCAUUGCUGGACCUUUGCGUCACCAGCAAGGACUGUGGUCCAUUUAAAGGGAAUAUGUAGGAGGAUGCACCUGAUGCACUAGGAAACAUUUUCAUUGAUAGUUUAUCUCGCCCGUCAUCGGAGUAUAGGGCUUUCCUGAUCCAAAUGUAUUCAUUGAACACCAUUCCGGAUGGCUAACUUGGUAUUGCCUUGGAGAUUGGAUGCUUUAUCUUGGUCGGACUGAAUACAUUGGGUUGUCUCGAGUUUUUAAAGGCCGUAAAAGAGCCUUUUGAAACGGCUCUUUAUUACGAGCGUAUUAUGAAUCGUUCUCCUUAUUUCGAGUUGCCAGCUACAGGACGAUGCUAAUAUUAUAUUUCCCCUGAUCCCCUGUCACAAAAUAAUGAUAUUGAAUACCUCCGUCUCCGCUCCGGGGCGCUCCACUCCUCCCCUCUCCUCUCCGUCCCCGUGGAAGGCUCUUGCGGUCGUUUUCAAUCAAUGAGGAUUCAACAGCAGCCGCCGCAAAGAUGACAACCGAACUUCACUUCACCCACAGACAAUGCCAGCUCGAAGUCCCGGCAAAAGCACAAGCACAAGGCACAAGCACAAGCCCGGCGGGAUGAGAUGAGGCUUUUGCGAGUAAGUUGAGACGAAGUGGCGGCACAGCGGCAUGGGGGCGUGGGCGUAUGACUGGCAGAGUGGCUUAAUUUAAAACGGUUUCAUGUUGUGAUUUUGACAAAUGAUAAUUUUUUGCAUGUGUAUGUGCCAGCCUUUGUGCCUGACAAUUCCGGCGGGCCCCUACUCCGGCUGCCGCUACGAGUAAGAUACUAGUAUCUCUGUGUUGGUCGGAGUCCGUGUCCCUGUGGCGGUCGAUGAGUUGGCACAAUGCGCCGGGCAGAUAAAUACCCGAGUCUCCGACACAAAUUUCCGGAGUCAUCACCGCACGGAGUGUGUCAAAGGCUCGUUAAGUAACACACAGUCAAACCCCAACCCAAGGACACAAAAGUUUCAGUUUCAGUACAUCAAAAACUAUGUAACCAAGGGAACCCACCCAUGCAUUGAUCCAGGCCAUCCACCGCACCAGCACAACCACUUCAUCCACAGUGGCAAUAUCAGCACAUCGGACGCAAACAAAAAGAGUCGUCUGCCAGGGACAGGCGAACGAACGGGCCCGGAUCAGGCAAUCAGCAAUCAACAGCCCCAUCUUCAUCCCCAUUCCCAUCCCAAUCCUCAUCCCGUCACCAGCGACAUUGCACCCAUUUAUUGAUUUAACAAAAAUCCCAAAUCCUCUCGACCGAGCUGGCCCCCGCCCAAGGGGUUUUCGUAACCAUUGCCGUUGCCAUGGCUUUUGGUUGUUGGCUGUUGGCGCUGCCAUUGCUAUGGGCGUGGAAGGGAUAGGAGGCUUAGCCGGCAUGUGGCAAGCAAAGCCAAUAAGGCUGGCAAAUUGGCUAAAUGUGUAUAAACGGCUUGCAGCAUGUCCGAAAACACAUUCAACAAUAGACAGUCGCAGAAGCAAAGCGAUACAAGUUUUGAAAGUCAGCUGGGACCGAUUCCGAACUUCAAUCCAGCGACUGAGUCCAGUCUAGAGCCACGGUGGCCGGGCUUUGAGCCCCGAAUUUUGCAGCAGACGAUCAACAGCGUGGUUCUGGAUUGGGCGCCACUCCAAAAUGCAUUGGUUUACAGCGUCGAGAAGUACCACAGGCGGCACGGCUGGCGGCAGGUGCAAUGGAGCAGCAGCUCCCCCACAGAGAUACCCAAUCUGGAGGAGAACUUUGGACACCGACUGCGCAUAAGAGCGCUGAAAAUCUCUGAGGAUGGCCGCUGCUACGUGACUUUAGCCAUCUCAACGGAUGUGAUUGCCUGCACGGAGGCAGCGCUGCCCUCCACCAACUGCUUGAACCGUGCUAUCCGAAAGGGGCAGCAGUUCCUGGUGAAGCGCAUGCUGCGGCGUCGACCGAGCCUAAUAGAAUACCCCGCCCCAAAUGGCUUUCUUCCGCUGGCCAACGCCAUCAUGCAGGGCGAGAUGUGCAUCAUAGAUGUGCUGCUCUCGGCAGGCUGCAGCGUGCAUCUGGGCAACCCGGGCAACGGACGGACGCCGCUCCACGUUGGUGCCUGCCAGAGUGCUCUUAUGCGACAGUCGCACACUGACAGCCUUGUCCUGUUUUCGUUGCAGUUGGCUUUUUUCUACGGACACCUGCCCUCGGCGCGCAUCCUGCUGAACAAAAAGGCGCGGCUGGAGGCAACGGACUGCAACGGCAUGACGCCCGCCCACUGCGCCGUCGACGCUAAUCAGAUAGAAAUGGUGAGGUUCGCCCUGGAGUCGGGGGCAAACCUGGAGGCUCGGGACUCUUGCGGCUGGACUCUGCUUAUGCACGGGGUGGUUAUGGACGCGGGCCUGGAGCUCAUCAAACUCCUUGUUACCCACGGGGCGGAUCUGGCGGCUUUGGAUGGCGUCGGCAAAUCCUGCAGCGACUUGGCAAAACUUUAUCGCAGGGAGGAGGCUCGGGAUUACUUUGACAAGGUGCAAAAGUUUAGGGUGGAAAAGGCAGCCGCGACCGCAGAAGCGGCGGCAAAGGAACAGCCCCUCGAACAAGCUGCAAAAAGGGAUUUCCGCGAAUAGUGGUAGGAAGGAAGAACCGACUAAUGAGAGAGCUUUAAGACCCGCAGAGUAAAAGGCUAUAUCAUUACAAAGUAUA